AUAAAGGGUAGAUUUUUACAGUAAACAAGAACCAAAGUUGGCUUGCGGUAGGGGAAACUGCUUCGCCCAAAUCUACAAGAGUUGCACAGAAUAGAUCCAAAACCUUCAGAUAUUCAAAAAUGGCGACAGUAGUGAGUUCUGGGAAAGCCAUGCUUGCUAUGCUUACGGAGAAUGACCCUUCUUUGAAGCUUCACGCUCUUUCUAAUCUCAAUACGCAUGCUGAGUUUUUAUGGCCUGAGAUCUCCACCAGUAUUCCUCUAUUAGAAAGCUUGUACGAAGAGGGAGAGCUCCCUGCUGCAUUAGUUGUUUCUAAGGUUUUUUAUUUCUUAGGUGAACUCAAUGAUUCGUUAUCAUAUGCAUUGGGAGCCGGGACGUUAUUUGAUGUGUCAGAGGAUUCAGAUUAUGUUAGAUCACUUCUUGAUAAAGCCCUUGAUGAGUACGCUAGUCUCAGGAACAAAGUGACAGAGUCUAAUGAAGAUGCUGCAAACAUUGACCCCAGGCUCGAGGCAAUUGUGGAGAAAAUGCUGGAGAAGUGCAUUGUGGAAGGGAGAUAUCAGCAAGCAAUGGGCAUGGCGAUUGAGUGCCGAAGAUUAGACAAACUUGAGGAGGCUAUUAUGAGGAGUGAUAACGCUCCUGGAAGUCUGUCUUACUGUAUAAAUGUUUCACACUCCUAUGUUAACCAGAGACAAUAUCGCCUAGAGGUGCUUCAGCUGCUUGCCAGACUGUUCCAAAAGUUGCCAUCUCCAGAUUAUUUGAGCAUAUGCCAGUGUCUCAUGUUUUUGGAUCAACCUGAUGGUGUUGCUAACAUUCUAGAGAAGCUUAUUUCUUCAGAGAACAAAGACGAUGCUUUGCUUGCAUUUCAAACAUCUUUCGAUCUAGUGGAAAAUGAACAUCAGGCUUUUCUAUUAAAAGUGAUUGACAGCCUUUCAAAACCCAUUCCUGAAUCUCGAGAGUCCUCACAGUCUGAAAAUACUGCUGCUUCGGAGAAUGUGGAAAUGAUUGAUGGAACUCAUGGAUCUACCUUACCUGUGUAUGCUGAGAGAUUGACUAAACUUAAAGGAAUAUUGUCCGGAGAGACUUCAAUACAGCUGAUAUUGCAGUUUCUAUACAGUCACAACAGGUCGGACCUUCUUAUCCUGAAGAAUAUAAAGCAAGCUGUUGAAACAAAAAAUAGUGUUUGUCAUAGUGCAACAAUUUAUGCGAAUGCAAUUAUGCAUGCUGGUACCACAGUGGAUACAUUUCUAAGGGAGAAUUUGGACUGGUUAAGCAGAGCCACCAACUGGGCCAAGUUUAGUGCAACAGCUGGAUUGGGAGUAAUUCAUAGAGGCCAUUUGCAUCAGGGCCGAUCACUGUUGACACCUUACUUGCCACAGGGUGGGGCUGGUGGUGGUGGUGGUCCAUAUUCCGAAGGUGGAGCUCUUUAUGCACUUGGUUUGAUCCAUGCUAACCAUGGCGGGGGUAUUAAACAGUUUCUUUCUGAUAGCCUACGCAAUACUAAUGUAGAGGUCAUUCAACAUGGUGCAUGUUUAGGGCUUGGGUUAGCAGCUUUGGGAACUGCUGAUGAGGAUAUAUUUGAGGAUUUGAAAAAUGUCCUGUACACAGAUAAUGCUGUUGCCGGUGAAGCUGCUGGCAUUGGUAUGGGAUUGCUAAUGGUCGGUACGGCAACUGAGAAGGCUGGAGAGAUGCUUGCUUAUGCACAUGAAACCCAACAUGAGAAGAUCAUCAGGGGAUUAGCUUUAGGUGUAGCUCUUACGGUUUAUGGAAGAGAGGAGGAAGCUGACACACUUAUACUGCAAAUGACUGGGGAUCAAGAUCCUAUCUUGCGUUAUGGUGGUAUGUAUGCAUUGGGUUUGGCUUACCGAGGAACAUCAAAUAACAAAGCCAUCCGGCAGCUGCUUCACUUUGCAGUCUCAGAUGUCAGUGACGACGUUAGGCGAACUGCAGUUUUGGCUCUUGGGUUCGUCAUGUAUUCUGAUCCAGAACAGAUGCCCCGUAUUGUGUCCCUGCUAUCUAAGUCCUACAACCCACACGUUCGAUAUGGUGCGGCCUUAGCAGUUGGCAUUUCAUGUGCUGGCACUGGUCUGAGCGAAGCUAUAUCUUUGUUGGAGCCCUUGACAUCAGAUGUGGUUGAUUUUGUUCGACAAGGAGCACUGAUUGCAAUGGCCAUGGUUAUGGUUCAAAUUACUGAAGCGAUGGAUCCUCGAGUUGGAGCAUUCAGGCGGCAAUUGGAGAAGAUAAUUCUCGACAAACAUGAAGAAACCGUGAGCAAGAUGGGAGCCAUAUUAGCAUCUGGAAUUCUUGAUGCUGGUGGUAGGAAUGUGACAAUUAGACUGCUUUCCAAGUCGAAGCAUGAUAGAAUGACAGCUAUUGUGGGUCUGGCUGUUUUUAGCCAGUUUUGGUAUUGGUAUCCUCUUACAUACUUCAUAAGCUUGUCAUUCUCACCCACUGCUUUUAUUGGGCUGAACUAUGACUUGAAAGUUCCAAAGUUUGAGUUUUUGUCUCAUGCAAAACCUUCCUUGUUCGAGUAUCCAAAGCCAACCACUGUGGCCACCACUACAUCGGCUGUAAAACUCCCUACUGCUGUAUUAUCAACUACGGCAAAGGCCAAAUCUAGGGCAAAAAAGGACGAGCAGAAGGAGAAGUCUGUUGGGUCUGAGACUUCACCUUCUGUUUCUGCCUCCGGGAAGGCAAAAUCUUCUACCGAGAAAGAGAAAGACGACAUGCUGGUCGAGAAUGUACCCGAAAACAAGGUGGAACCGGAACCUUCAUUUGAAAUCUUAACAAAUCCUGCUAGGGUAGUUCCCGCUCAAGAAAAAUUCAUCCAUUUUUUUGACGGAAGCAGAUACAUGCCAGUGAAGUCGGCCUCCUCUGGUUUUAUUCUUCUGAAGGACUUACGCCCUGAGGAAGCAGAAGUAUUGUCUCUUUCUGACACACCCGCUUCUGCCGCGACAAAUUCUGCUGCUGGAACUGCAGCACCCGCACAACAGGGGAAUACUGAUGCCAUGGCCGUUGAUGAGGAACCUGAACCCCCUCAGCCUUUUGAAUUCACAUCCUGAUGAUUUUGUUCAGUUGAAGGACCAUCUUUGUGGUUCUUAGUGCAUGGCUGUACCUUGGUUCUCGGGGAUUAACUGUACUACAUGUUCUGAGAUUCGUGAAUUCAUUUGCUAAGCUUUUUUCAGCAUGAUGUGAUCAAGCCUAUGAGAAAAAUAUUCUCCUGUAUACUUUCUUUUUUUGCUGUGUCGAAAAUAUAGCACUCUUAGAGUCCCUAGUAUUUAACGGUUUACAUUAGUGCAUUUGUUAAUUAAUCUGUUAUGAGCACGAUACGUCUAGUGUGGAAGUGAAUAGUCUCUCCACCCCUUUGAGCCGAUGAUUUAUUAUUUUAUGGACAUUAUUAACUGUA